GGGGCGCAGGCGCACCGCGGGCUCCGCGCGCCCGGGUCGCCGGGCAACGCACCGCAACAGCGGCGCCGCCAUGUGCGCCGCCGAGGUGGACGCUCACAUAGCGCGGAGAUUCCGGCUGCAGCGGCGGCUGGGCAAGGGGGCCUACGGCAUUGUUUGGAAGGCAGUGGACCGGAGCACCGGCGAGGUCGUGGCCAUCAAGAAGAUCUUCGAUGCCUUCAGAGACCAGACGGAUGCCCAGAGGACCUUCCGGGAGAUCGUGCUCCUGCAGGAGUUUGGAGGCCACCCCAACAUCAUCCGCCUGCUGGACGUGAUCCGAGCCGAGAACGACAGGGACAUCUACCUGGUGUUUGAGUCUAUGGACACGGACCUGCACGCGGUCAUUGAGAAGGGCACGCUGUUGAAAGACAUCCACAAACGCUACAUCUUCUACCAGCUCCUGCGGGCCACGCAGUUCCUCCACUCGGGCCACGUCGUCCACCGGGACCAGAAGCCAUCCAACGUCCUGCUGGACGCCAACUGCCUGGUGAAGCUCUGCGACUUUGGCCUGGCCCGGUCGCUGAGCAGUGUCCCCGAGGGGCCCGAGGGCCAGCCGCUGACGGAGUACGUGGCCACACGCUGGUACCGGGCGCCGGAGGUGCUGCUGUCCUCACACUGGUACACCCCGGGGGUGGACAUGUGGAGCCUGGGCUGCAUCCUGGGGGAGAUGCUGCGAGGGCGGCCCCUGUUCCCAGGCACGUCCACGCUGCACCAGCUGCAGCUGAUCCUGGAGGCCGUCCCCCCGCCCUCCGAGGAGGACCUCCUGGCUCUCGGCUCAAACUACAGUUCCUUGGUCCUGCACCAUCUGGGGUCCCGGCCUCGGCAGCUGCUGGACGCCCUUCUGCCGCCGGACACCCCGCCGCAGGCCCUGGAUCUCCUCCGGCGACUGCUGGUGUUCGCCCCGGACAAGCGCCUGAGCGCCGCGCAGGCCCUGCAGCACCCCUACGUGCAGAGGUUCCACUGCCCCGGCCAGGAGUGGACACGGGACGCGGCCUUUCAGCUUCCGGUGCCCGCAGGGGUCCAGCUCUCUGCGACUGAGUAUCGCAACCGGCUCUAUCAGAUGCUGCUGGAGCGCAGGGGCAGCGGCGGCCUGGGGGGCGCAGCCCCUGAACCCGGAGCGGCCCCGCAGGAGCCGGGACGCAGGCAUCGGAGUAGCGGCGGGCGCGCGCCCGAGCGCGAGGCCCCCCGCGCCGCCACGAGCAAGUCCCGGCAGCGCCCCGCACCCCUGCUCCAACUUCCACCCCCAGGGAGGCGGGCUCGGCCCCCUGCGCCGGCGGCGGAGGCCCCCUUGGCACCAGCGGGGGUGGUAAGUCGUGCGGCGGGCGCCGGCGGCGCCUCCCAUUGCGCCCUGGGUGCCGCUCUGGCUGCUCCUUCCCAGGGGAGGCCGGCGCCCUCCCUGACCUCGCAGGCUGUGGCCCAGGCGGCCAACCGGGCCCUGAUCCGCAGCGACCAGACGCGGGUCAGUGGGCUGCGGGCCGCUGGCAGGCUCCGCGGGAGCCGGGGCCCAGGCCCUCCUGCUCCACCUCUGCUCUCCCCGGCGCGCUCCCGACCACUGCCCGGAGCGCAGGCCCCUCCCAGGGAUGCCCCGGAGCCUCGGCCGGGCCGCAGGAUGCUGGGCAGCACCUCCGCGCUACAGGGCGCCCAGGGCGCUGCCAGGGCUGCGCUCGGGGGCUACUCCCAGGCAUAUGGCACAGUCUGCCGCUCGGCACUGGACUGCCUGCCCCUGCUUCCCCGCCCUGCACCUGAGCCGCCACGCGGGAACUCCCGGACCUGCUCAGUGCUUCUUCCCAACCCAGUCCCGGCCCCCCUCCAAUAAAGUCAUGUCCCCCGA